UCGCGAAAGCCUCAUAAGCGACAAAAACACAAAAUUCAUGCACCCACAAUUAAUUUUCGUUUUGUGAAGUGAGCAGAAACCGUGCUAAAAAAAAAAAGAAAAAAACUAAAGCUAACCGAGCCCAAUAAACGCCAGAAAAAUAGAAAAUAAAUACAAAACAAGUGUAGUGCGAAUAACUAAGAGCAAACCAUGUGAGCAAGCAGAAUUUAUGCUCGAGUGACAAGAAAAAAACACGAAUUUUACGUGGCAGUCAAAUUGCCGAGAAGAUGCCAAUUGAUUUUGAUUUUCGCAAAUUAUAACGAGACAUUUAUAUGAUUUGAUAGCUGGCCAGAAAUUCGCAAACAAUUCGCGGCGACCAGGCAAGGUCAUAUCGAUUGUCAUCAGCUGCUGUCGGCACUCCCCACCCAUCGCACACCACCCACCACCCACCACCAACCGCCCACCGAGUGACACCACCCAACAGCCCACUGAAAAGCAAAUAGCGCGAAUAUGCCAUACUUGAAUGCGCCAAGGAGGUGCUUGCACCAGAUGCUAAUAAUAUAUGUGCUAAUAUUUGUUUCCAGUGCAACGACACUUGACCAGGAGCUCUUGCCGGAUUUGUGUGAGUCGGUUAAAUGCCCGCCGGAUGCCGAAAUGCAGUGCCCGGCGGACAGUUCCAUACGGCAGAACCUACUUGCGGUGGACCUGAUUAAAUCGAAUGCGGUGGAGUUGCCAAUCGGAGGUGAAGUCGCGCCAGCCCCCGAAGGUGUUUCCUACAAUAGAGGCCUGAUCUCCGAUGAGGCUUACGUCCAGUGCUGUUUGAACCGGAAGUGCAUAUGCAAGACCUGUUACAUUCCGGACUGUCCUUUGGAUGCAGACGAGGACGUGGUGGUGGUCGAACUGGUGCCGGAAAAUAAUCAAACGCCCGGAGAAUGUUGCGGCACCUACGAGUGCCAUGCGGAGCCGAAUUGCACGGUGGUGCGGGACACGGACUUCCACUGGCUGAAGCAAUGCCAGCGAUGCAAGUGCGAGUCCGGACUAAAGAUAUGCCACAAGUCCUGCGAUGAGAGGGCCGAAGGUGUGUGCCAGUCGAAGAUUUCGGGCAUGUUCUACAAGGACGGAGAAACGUGGACGGAGAACUGCAAGACGUGCGAGUGCGAGAAGGGGGAGCCCAAGUGCACGAUGUCCUUUUGCGGCAACCUCAACUGUCCCAGUGAAAGGCAGGUGAUGCUGAAGGACACCUGUUGUCCGGUUUGCUGGCCCAGGUGUGCACCGAUGCCGCACGAGAAGCCAGACGAUGAAUCCUACGCGGAUUAUGUCGAUGAGUCAGAGACGCCAGAGGUGGAUUCAUUGCCGCCGCUGCUGCCUGAUCCAUUUACCACCGAGCAAAGUGCUGAGCUAAUAGCCACUAGCACCACCACAAGUAGCAGCAGCACAACCUCAACCACAACCACAGCUGCUCCACUGGCCACCACAAUAAGUUGCAACAACGCCUUUGACCAACCGAAAGUCGUAGAGGUAGUAAACCAAAACAACUAUUAUUUCUACUGGCUACUGCCCUAUUCGGUUAUAGUCUCCAUUGCGAUUGUGGUAAUGAGCUUCUAUAUUUACCAGCAGCGUGCCAAGAAACGUUCCUACGAUCCGGUCUCCAUUCUGGACCACAGCAUCUAAGCUUGAGACCUUUCGAAAUACUAACAAUACUACUAAACUUAAAACUAAUUUAGCUCUAAGUUUCCUUUUCCAAUUGCACGUUGCUAGCAUUCUGAGUCUGACCAGAUGAGUUGGAAACGAAAGCAUGCUUUACUUCCUAGCCUGGGCACUCUUAAAUAAUCAGUUUAACCGCUUAUAUGGAAUACCAAA